CCAUUAUUACAUUACAAAAAGAAUAGGAAAGAUUGCACUUAUUAGAUUUUCAAAUCAAUGAUUAUUAACACUAUUUCAACUGAUAUGAAAAAGACCUACCAUGGAAAACAGCUUUUUAAAAAGAAAAUCCGACGACAAUGUGGGUAAUUAUCUUGAUUUCUUAGGGAAAUAGAGAAUGGAUUAAGAUUAAUUGGAGUCGUGUCAAGCAGCUCGUUAAUAACUGUAGCAAGUUGACUGAGUAAGCAUCAACGUGUCAUCUCCACAAAGCCCAUUAUUUCUAGUCUCGCCGCGUCUUCUCUUCCACGUAGCACUUCACUUUUUUCUCCUUUUGUUUCUUUUGAACCCAAACGUUUCUAUUUAUAGGAAUUAAUUAAAGUCGUCCGUAUCUGUGUCGGAACAUAGAACCAAAAUAGAAGCAACAGCGUUCGUUCUUUUAAAAAAUGGCGUCAAAGCAACUUAGCCGAGAAGAGCUCGAUGAGAAGGCGAAGCAAGGAGAGACCGUCGUCCAAGGUGGCACCGGCGGCCACAGCCUCGAAGCCCAAGAGCAUCUUGCUGAAGGAAGGAGCAAAGGAGGAGAGACGAGGAAAGAGCAGCUAGGGCACGAGGGUUAUCAGGAGAUGGGAUAUAAAGGAGGAGAGACGAGGAAAGAGCAGCUAGGGCACGAGGGUUAUCAGGAGAUGGGACAUAAAGGAGGAGAGACGAGGAAGGAGCAGCUAGGGCACGAGGGUUACCAAGAGAUGGGACAUAAAGGAGGAGAAGCGAGGAAGGAGCAGCUAGGGCAGGAGGGUUACCAAGAGAUGGGACAUAAAGGAGGAGAAGCGAGGAAGGAGCAGUUAGGGCACGAGGGUUAUCAGGAAAUGGGACAUAAAGGUGGAGAGACGAGGAAGGAGCAGUUAGGGCACGAGGGCUAUCAGGAGAUGGGACGUAAAGGAGGAGAGGCGAGAAAGGAGCAGCUAGGUCACGAGGGUUAUCAGGAGAUGGGGCGCAAAGGAGGACUCAGUACAAUGGAAAAAUCUGGUGGAGAGCGUGCCGAGGAAGAAGGGAUUGAGAUCGACGAGUCCAAGUUCACCAACAAGUGAUAGUAGCUACUAGCUUGUAGUGUCCGCUGCUACAAUCCGUAGUAGAUAAUCUGAAUAAGUAACCUUGUAAGUUAUGUGGUUGGCAGCGUGGGUUUUAACUAGGGUUUGAAUGUAGUGCGUUUGGUUUUUUUUUUGUGUUUUAUGUGUGAUAUAACUACGCACGGCUUCUACUAACGGCAGGAUUGUACCGCUCGGAAGGUUUUUUGAGUGUUUGGUGAGGGUGCAAUCAAAUGAUAUGUGUAUGUUUUGAAAUGUGGUUUUACUCGGUGUUCUACUUA